CAAAUUUGAACCGCCACUUCUUCGCUGUUCAAAUAUUUCAUUUCAUUUUACUUUCUCCACAGAACGACCUGCGCUUUUUCCAUCACUGCAGCAACCCCGAUCCAAUCCGAUUCGAUUUCGCUGGAGCUCCAAAAUGGACAAGUCCGAGUCGACGAACAAGAGGACCGAUGCCGGCCAAUCGAGGCGUCUUAGCCUUAUCGACGUCUCGGCCGAGGACGAUUCGCUCCUCAAUUCAUUUGCUGGAGACAACAUGUUUUCAAUUUCAGAAGACCAGGAAAGCAGAAUUUUUCAGUUGUUUGAGGGUAUGGCCGGUAACAAACUAGAGGACGUGCCUGAAAAUUUUGAGCUAACCCAGCAAGUAACUGAACCUUCUGAGUCAUUGGAACCUGAAAUGACAAAGCAAAGUGGAAAGUAUAAUCUUCGCAAAAGUUUAGCUUGGGAUAGUGCGUUUUUCACCAGUGCAGGUGUUCUGGACUCCGAGGAGCUGUCUUGCAUGAUUGAAGGAGAUAAGACUGGGAAAAAGAUGUUACCUGGAAUUCAAGAGGAAGUUCACAGAUCCACUGAUUCAAUCUCCACAUUAGAAAGUGAUACUUUGACACUAGAAAGUAUUGAGGCUAAUUUGUUUGAAGAUGUGAGAGCUUCAAUCCAGAAAUCAAGUAAAGCAUCCAAAGCAGUGAAUGAAAGUAUGAAAGAUGGUUCGGGAGUAACAGAAACCAACAAUAGCAGUUCUUCGAAGGGUGUAGAUGUUGUUUCUCAAAAUAAGGUGAUGCCUAGACUUGCUUCUAAGAAGCCAACUGUUAGUGUGCAAAAACCAGGGAAAGUCAAAAAGCCAUCUACAUGUCCAGUAGCAUCCCAGUCUGUUUCCGCACGUGGAGACGCAACCUCCCUUUUGAAGCAAACAAAGCUAUUAGGGAAGCCUAGUCCUAGCCCAACACCUUUAACCAAGAGGGCUUCUCUGGGUAGCAAUCUUAUCCAAAUGGAAAGGGAUAACGUUAAAAGCACAACUGGUAGAGGGGCUCCAUUGCCAAAAAUACCAGAAACUAAGAGAGAAGGAGCUUCUUCCUCAAUUGAUAAUUCCGGCAGUACUUCUAACAACAUUGGUCCCUUCAACUCCAAAAGAAAAACUGAUUCCAGGACUGCUAAUCCACCUUCCUCUGGUUUUACCUGCAAAACACCACCACGAAUUGAGCCAGGAAAUAAAAGUCAAUCUGGAAAAUCUCAUCUGUCAACUAACAAGGUGCCUGGGACAAAGCUGCUUACUAUCACAUCCCCUGCUCGCUCAUGGUCCUCAGAGUCAUCAUCAUCAUCAUCAAUUUCAACUUUAAACAAAGCGUCAUACAGUCCAAGAGUUAGCCUUGACACAGGAUCUUCCAAAAGCAUCUCCGUAGAAGGUGAUGUACCAGAGAUUUUGGAUUUGGAGAACCAUGCCUAUGAUCAAAGCUCAACUGGAGAUGAAACUCAGGUGACUGGGGUGCGUCAUCGUUGUGAUGUGAAAGCAUCAACUGAAAAUAGUGCACUUCCUCCAGCUUCAAAACCUUCUGGACUACGAUUGCCAUCACCCAAAAUUGGCUUCUUUGAUGGGGCAAAGUCAGUGGUGUCUUCCCCAAAGGGAAGUAUGCAGCCUCAUCCUGUCAUAUGUAGUGGCUUGCCUAAAAGUGGGGCACGAAAUGUUAGCCUGAGCACGGGACAAAACAAGGGAAAGGUGGGAAAGCUUCAAGCUGUUAGAAAUGUAUCUAAAUUGGGGAAUAACACCCCUGAUGCUCAAAAAACCUCCUUUAACACGAAACCUAUUUCUCAAGUACCACUCCAGCAAGCAUCCAGUGCUGCAAAGAAGGUGUUUAGUCCUUCAAGGAACAGCAUAUCUCCUACAGUUCCAAGUAAAGGGCGUCAUAAAUCUGGCAGAGAAAAUCACUUGAAGUGUGAGAAAGUUGGAACUGAAGGACUUGGUAUUGACAUUAAUGAGCGAGAAAACUGUGUUGUGGAGUUGAAGGACAGCUCUGCUUUCUCGAAAGAUAAAGUGAGCCCACAAUCGAAGGUUCAUUCCCAUGGGAAGGCUGCGAAAGUCACUCCUAUUGAUGGCGGGUCCCCUACUAUCUUUGAUACAAGUUCCACUUUUGAUGCUGACAAUAUAACCCUUUCUGAUAAAAUGGGUGAUGCAACAUACGAACCAAGUGAUUUCAAGCAGACGGAAAGAUCCCAUCUCGAAGAUCAGGUUGGUGGCUUGAGCAAACAAGUUGAUGCCAUGAACAUAAACACAGAGACUCAGUAAAUGCUGGUUGGUGAUUCUCUCUCGUCAACUCAAUUUCAUUAGUGAAGAUAAUGCUGGUGCUGCUAGAACUGUGAUUCAGAUGAUGUUCAUUGAUUGUGCCGAAAUGGAGUAAGUCCUUAAAUUAAGGCCGGAAAAGACUAGCAUUUUCUUGUCACGAACCUUUGCAACGCAUGUGGGUUUGUCGAUGAUUCAAGAGGAUCAAUUGUGCUGAAGGGAGAACAAGCCGAAAUUAGGGCAGUAGCAUAGAAGCUGGUCUUGUUACAUAGGAUUGUUGUGUAGAACUUUGCAUUGUAAAUUGUUUCUUUGGUGCAUAUAUCAAGAAGAACGCACUUCAGUUGCCAAUUAAAUGGUUUUUCGUGUACUCUUAUUCGAUAUUAUUAAGUCAUAUUUAUGGUG